CAGACUCAGACAUGGGCCAGCAUUAGCCAGCCAAAGAACAGAGACGAUACCCGGAUGUUGGUAAAACCCGAUGACAAGAUUCCGGUAGGGCAUUUGUUAGUAAAACAUGCCCAGCCUUCCCCAAGGAAACCAAGGCUACCUGGAGGAGCAUCUUUCCAGGCAGGCUGCGCAGGCACAGUUGCUGCCCCUGAUCAGAGCAGAGAAAGAUUCCAAUUCCAGUAUUCCCCAAGACCCAGAAAAUAAAGGGGACUCUCAGGCUGUGACUGGUGUCAAGAGCUUCCGCCCUGCACAGCUCCCAGACUCGCCCAACGCGCCCACUCUACUUCGCCACCUUUCUAGCCUGCUUUCCAGCCACACGAGAUUGUUCUUGUGUCUUCUGCGGCGACCCCCUCCCGCGGCUCGCCUGCGACCCUGGGACUUUCCUUCUCAGCCAAGCUCCUGGCAUACGGCCUGGCUCUCUCCAGUGCCCCGCCGCCUCCUGUUUCUACUUGUGGCCUCAAUGGCACUGCCAGGACGACCUCCGAGGGGUCGUCGUCUGAAGCUGGCAAGUCCGAGCCAGGAGCUCAGAGAAGAGGACGCCUGUACUGGGAAGAGUUCGCCGGAAUCUCCUGUGGAAUCUGAGCAGACCGAAAUGCGGAUGCGGCAGAUGUGCAGCGGAAGUGAGACGCAGGGCUCUGUCCCAAGCCAGCAGCAGGGCGUGGGCGGCCGAGGCUCCAAUGCCUGCUGCUUUUGCUGGUGCUGCUGCUGCAGCUGUUCUUGCCUCACCGUCAGAAACCAAGAAGACCAGAGACCCCAAAGAGCUGCCCACGAACUCAGAACAGACAUUCCAGCGUGUGAAGAAAGCCCCAUGCCCACUCUGGAAGAAGUCUGUGCCUGGGCCCAAUCUUUUGACAACCUAAUGGUCACUCCAGCUGGAAGAAAUGCAUUCCGGGAAUUUCUUCGAACAGAAUUCAGUGAGGAAAACAUGCUCUUCUGGAUGGCCUGCGAGGAACUGAAAAGGGAAGCUAAUAAAAGCACUAUUGAGGAGAAAGCAAGGAUAAUAUAUGAAGACUACAUUUCUAUUCUCUCUCCGAAAGAGGUCAGCCUGGACUCCCGAGUGCGAGAGGUUAUCAACAGAAACAUGGUGGAUCCAUCUCAACACAUCUUCGAUGACGCUCAACUGCAGAUCUACACCCUAAUGCACAGAGACUCCUAUCCCCGCUUCAUGAACUCCACAGUCUAUAAGGAUUUACUUAAGUCCUUAGCUGAGAAAGCAGUUGAAGCAUAGGUGGUUUUGAAUAUAUUUAUUAUUAACAAAACAAGAAAAUAACUCAUGGAUUCCAUCUAGCACAGGGAAUUUAGAGAUAGGAUAUCUUGUGCUACAGUGAUUCUGACUGUUGUAAUAACAGAUUCUUCCUCCACAAGUUCUCGAUUCACAAUGGAAACUGCAGCCACCUAUAGUGAUACUUAUCAGACAAGAGGGGGUGGGCAUGACUGCCUUAGAAAGAUAGUGUGCUCACACUCACAAUAACAGUAGCAUGUUCUCAGGGGCAGGGCAUGCACUAGCCUCUGUUCUGCCUGAAGCAUAGAUAUACAAGGAGCAAAUGGUAACACUUUGUUUUGCAUGAGUUCAAUACUAUAUUGCUCUCCAAAGAAAUGGCAUUGAAAUCCUUCUCAACUAACCCUUCCCUCAGUCUGAAUACUUCACUUGGCACCAUGCCAGGUCUGAGAGUCACAUCUCACAAAGAUGUGACCAUUCCUUGUAAAAAUGGAAACCUGUUCUCUUUCUCUCUCUCUCUCUCUCUCUCUCUCUCUCUCUCUCUCUCUCU